AUGUCUCAGAACUAUACCGCUCAAAGUGCUGAAACCGGUUACUAUAUCACCAGCACCAACUCUGAUGUACCCGGCCAGACCGUCGCAACAGCCGAUGGUAACGGCGGCAUCCCUGAGGGCGCUACUUUGACCUUCAGUAAGGUCGUUCAAUCCCCUAGCACCGUCAAUGUCACCAUCAAGGGCAUCAAUGGAUUGUAUUUUCCUUCAACCCUUCGAUCGUCGACACUUUCCAAUCUCGGAUACAAACAGAACGCUGCAUCCGGUAGUGAGCUCAUCUGGUCUAGCGAGCCUGUGAACUGGCAGGUUGAUGUCGCUCCGGCUUCGACCGAGUUCUAUGAGAUCAUUCCCGCUUCAGGUCAGGACUUGUUUUGGGUUACGGGCGUCCAGAUCGGCCCAAUCGUCCAAGUCAGGAGCGGAGCGGACAUCCAAAGGAAGGAGAACCAGUGGACCCUCAACAAGGUUGACUAA